AUGACGAUCCUCAACUGUAGAAAAACAAGAGGGCAACAGGUUCUACCGUUGUUCUACGACGUAGAACCAUCGGAACUACGGAAUCAAACUAAUAUUGUUGGAGAAGCAUUCGCUAAACUUGAAGAAAAGUCCAAGGAUGAUGAAAUGAAGGUGGAGGGGUGGAAGGCAGCCAUAAGAGACGUGGCCAAUUUGUCCGGGAAGGCCUUUGGGAACAGGAAUGAACCUGAAUUUAUUCAAGAAAUCAUUGAAUGGGUGAAUUUGAUAUUAGUAAAAAAGACAUACUUUCAAGUUGCCCAAUAUCCCGUUGGAAUAGAGUCUCGUGUACAAGAUGUGAAGUCGCUUUUAGAUAUAGAGAAGAAUUACAGUACAUGCAUGGUAGGGAUCUUCGGAAUUGGGGGAAUUGGUAAGACAACUAUUGCUAAAGCUAUCUACAACUCAAUUGCUUAUGAGUUUGAUGGUAGUUGUUUUCUUGGAGACAUUAGAGAAACUUCUGGCCAAAUUGGCGGUCUGAUUUGUUUGCGAAAUGAACUUCUUUCUAAGAUCCUAGAAGACUCAAGUAUAAAGGUUUAUAAUGUUGAUCAAGGAAUUACUUUGAUAAAGCAAAGGCUUCACCGUCUAAAAGUACUCAUAGUUCUUGAUGAUGUGGAUCAUUCAAACCAAUUAGAACAUAUAGUUGGAAAAGGUGAUUGGUUUGGUUUAGGAAGUAGAAUCAUCAUAACAACAAGAGAUAAACAUUUACUAACUAAGCAUCAAGUUUUAACCUACGAGGCGCAGGAAUUGGGUCACUAUGAAGCUCUUCGGCUCUUUAGUUGGCAUGCCUUCAAUAAAGACAAGCCUGAUGAUGAUUAUGUUGAAAUCACAAAAGAUGCAAUAUCUUAUACUCGAGGAUUGCCACUAGCUUUAACAGUUCUAGGCUCGGCCCUAAAAGGAGAGGAUAUAGAAUAUGUCACAAAAAUGAUAGUCAGUACUCGUGGUACUCACUCAUAUAGUGGCAUUGAAGAGCUAAAGGAUAAGUGUCUCAUAAAUGAGUCUUAUUACAAUUCAUUGGUGAUGCAUGACUUACUGCAAGAAAUGGGUAAAGAAAUUGUUCGACAAGAAUCACCCGAAGAACCUGGCAAGCGCAGUAGAUUGUGGUUUCAUGAAGAUGUCCGUCAUGUUCUAGAAGAAAAUACGGGAACAAGUAAAGUUGAUGGCAUAUUGAUAGAUUUGCCUAAACCAGACAUGAUACACUUGAGUCCCAAAGCCUUCAAGAAGAUGAAAAGGCUCAGAAUGUUUAUAAAUCGUAAUGCACACUUUUCUGAAGAGCCUAAUUUUCUCUCAAAUGAGUUAAGAUUGCUUGAUUGGCCUAAAUAUCCUGGGGAAUCUUUGCCAUCCAAUUUUCGUGGAAAGAACCUUGUUGUUUUAAUAAUGCCUCAAAGUCACUUGAAGGAAUUGGAGGGAGUCCAGAAUUUCCAAAACAUAACAAUUAUGAAUUUCUCUCGUUGUGAAUUCCUAAGAAAAAUUCCUGAUGUUUCAAGGAUCCCAAACUUAGAGAAAUUGGCUCUAGAUGGUUGCAAAAAUUUAGUUGAGGUUCAUCAUUCUGUUGGAUUUCUUGAUAAGCUCAUUAGUUUGAGUCUUUGCGAAUGCUCUAAGCUUAUGAGUUUUCCGAAAAGUCUCAAGAUGAGAUCUCUUGAAAAUCUUUGGCUUCCCGGUUGCUCAAAGCUUAAGAACUUUCCAGAAAUUGAGUGUCAAAUGGAAUGUUUAAAGGAAAUUGACUUUAGCGAAACUGGUAUAGAGGAAUUACCUUCGUCCAUUGCGUACCUCGUUGGGGUUAAAACCUUAAAUCUAAAUGGUUGCACAAACCUUAUGAAUCUUCCGGAUAGCGUUCGUAAGUUGCAACAUUUAGAAAAACUAAGCAUGCAGGACCUGAAUAAGAUUAUAUUACCAUGUUUAGGCGGUCAAACAAACUUUAUGAAUCUUCCACAUAGCUGUUGUCUUUGUCUUGACGUCUGUUCAAAAGUUGUUGAGUUUCUAGAAACAUUGGAGGAUACGAGACAAUCCAUGCCCAAUGUUCCAUCUGUAGAGGAAUCUGCAAUUUCAUCAAUGGCGGAAUUACUUCAAUUGUCGCCUCCAAUGAAUACAAGCGAUUCUGCUGAUGCUUGUUCCUCGAUAGUAUUUCCAAAACUUCAACAAGCAUUCCUCUCAGAAUCAAUUUUAUUUUGGACCUUUGGGUGUUACUCCACAUUGACAGAAUUAGAUCUAUCAAGGAGUUAUAUCGUUGCCCUUCCUCCAUGCAUAAGAGGAUUUGUUAGAUUGAAGUUCCUUUUUUUGAUGGAAUGCAAGCAACUUCGAGAAAUUCUAGGACUUCCACCAAACUUAAUUUUUAUGAGUGCUAAUAGGUGUGUGUCAUUGGCAAUAUUUUUAGAAGAAGGUAGAAGAUUUCCAAACUUAAUUCUUGGAAACCAUGUUCCAUUAGAAUCAGAUUUAUUGAUUCAACAUGAUUGCCCUUCUAGAUUUGAAUUGCUAGAUCUAUCAGGUAGCGCUAUUGUUAGCCUUCCUGUGUGGCUCAACAAAUUUGCUGGAUUGAAGAGGCUAGUUGCAAGCAACUUAGAGAAAUUCCAAAACUUCCACCAAGACUUGAAUGGAUUGACUUCUCUGAUUGCCCUGGAUUGCAAGAAAAUAUGGGGGUCGAUAUGCAAAUUUGUUUAUUGA